AUGGGGGCAUUUGUCUUCUGUUCAGAUGAAGGACGUGCGCUCUGUCGGAAAUUACUCCAAGAGACCAUGCCAUUUGACACUCAUGACUACCAGCUCGAAGUCAUAACACACAUGCUGGAUGGCGAGGAUGUCCUAUGCACAACGGCUACAGGAUCCGGGAAGACAGACGCCUUUAUUCGACUCAUGCACGUCAUUAUAGCGUUGUCCAAAAACCUGUCACUCGCACCUGGCAAAAACUUUCCCCCUGAUCCUGCAAUGCUUGCAAUAUGCCCGACAAAAGCACUUGAAUAUGACUUGGCAGAAAAAAUGACCCAUGCUAAACUCAUGAAUGUCGUCAUUAACCAAGACACUGUCGCUGCAGCACGCAAAGCAAGCAACAAUGAUUCCAACCUGUUCAAAAAGGUCUGUGAAGGAACUGCAAUUAUCCUGCUGUCUCCAGAGCAGCUCGAAUCAUCGGGUUUCCGGUCAGUUGUGGAUAACAAAGCAUUUGCGGCACGCUUAUGUGUCAUGGUUGUUGACGAGGCUCACCUUAUUGACCUCUGGGGUUUAUCUAUCCAGCCAUCGUACAAAAAGAUAGGCUGGAUGCGCUCUCGCGCAGGACACCAUGUUCCCGUGCUUGCUGUAACUGCCACACUGCAAAAAAAAUCAGAGGCAGAGGUCCUUGGAUUCUUGGGCUUUCGUAGGGGACAUUACCAUGUCGUACGACGGUCGAAUUUAAGGAGUGAUUCAGGUGUCAGUGGAACUCAGUUCCCAGAGCUCUGGUGGAUCCUCAGCUGCACCAAUAACUCCCUUAUCUUCGUACCUACUGUCCAUAUGGCAUUCCGUGCCACAGAGACACCAGACAGGCAUGAGUGCAUCUGCCUAUACAAUUCAGCCAACUUCGCCAACCAUAACAACAAAACAUUGGAUUACUUACGCGACGACUCAUCCACAACCCCCCGCAUCAUUGUUUCGACUGCAGCCCUUACCAACGGAGUGGACCCUCCAAAUAUUGGACGUGUUGUUGUCUUCCCUCAACCUGCAACAAGUGACGAGUUGCUUCAGAACUUUGGGCAUGCACAAGGCAUUGUCUAUGUGUUGAAGGAUGCUAUUCAGACAGCAAAACGAGUAGUCAGCCAAGGUAACACCACUGAAACAACGAAAUCGAAAUCGAAGGAGAAGGAGGAGACCAUGCAGAUCUCAAUGGCCCGGCUCAUUCUCGCGCAAUGCAAGGUCAACGAGAUUGAUGCCCUGUACGAAAACCCACCAUUUGACAUGUCCUGCACCUGUGCUACAUGCCUGACUACUCCACCACCACCAUCACAUGCCCAGGAUUGUAAUUGCAGUGGGUGUCAGCCAGAGGAGAAUAACGUUAUAUCACUGCUCGUCGAUUGCCUCGAGCAUCUUUUGGUGGCAGAUGACCUGGGACCCCUAUUGCAACAAUUACCAUUUCUUAAGAAGCACCAUCACAAUGUACUUCUUGCAAAGCUAGUUGACAUGCGGGUUAAUUUUGAUGGUCUUCGGGGAGGGUCGAAUUCUCACCAACAGAGUGGCAUCAUGUGGAGCUUCUCACCCGACUGGCAAGGGUGA